UUAACUCAAAUCCAAUGUAAACAUACCACUCUAAGAGUACUAACACAUUAUCCUCUCCAUAUAUAAUAAUGGAAUUUUCUCUCUAGUAUCUCUGAAUCAAUGGCAACCACCGAUGUACCAAAACACAUUAUCUCUGAAAUUCCUACCUAUAUCACAGUCUACAGCGACGGCACAGUCGACCGUCCACGGCAACCACCGACGGUACCACCCAAUCCCAACCACCCAAACUCACCAUCCAAAGACAUCAUCAUCUCUCAAAACCCCAAUAUCUCCGCUCGUAUCUACCUCCCCAAAAACCCCACCACAAAACUCCCCAUCUUAGUCUUCUUCCAUGGCGGUGGUUUCUUCUUCGAGUCCGCUUUCUCCAAAGUGCACCACGAACACUUCAACAUCUUCAUUCCACUAGCAAAUUCAAUAGUUGUUUCUGUUGAAUACAGACUCGCUCCAGAACACCCUCUACCUGCUUGUUAUAAUGACUGUUGGAAUUCACUCCAAUGGGUUGCUUCUAAUUCUGCGAAAAACCCAGUUAACCCGGAACCGUGGUUAAUUAACCAUGGUGAUUUCAACAGAGUUUUCAUUGGUGGUGCUAGUGCUGGUGGUAACAUAGUUCAUAACAUCGCUAUGCGUGCUGGCUCUGAAGCUUUACCCAAUGAUGUUAAAUUAUUAGGAGCUAUUUUACAACACCCUUUAUUCUAUAGUUCAUACCCUGUUGGAUUGGAAAAUGUUAAACUUAAAGAUUUCUACUCUUACCUUUGGAAUUUUGUGUAUCCAUCAGCACCUGGUGGAAUUGAUAAUCCUAUGGUUAAUCCUGUGGGCAUAGGGGCACCUAGUUUGGAUGGACUUGGUUGUGAUAGGAUGAUUGUUUGUGUUGCUGGGAAAGAUAAACUUAGGGAGAGAGGGGUUUGGUAUUAUGAGCUUAUAAAGAAGAGUGGUUGGAAAGGGAAAUUGGAGUUGUUCGAAGAAGAAGAUGAAGAUCAUGUUUAUCAUAUAUUUCAUCCUGAAUCUGAGAGUGGUCAGAAAUUGAUCAAGCAUUUGGCUUCCUUUCUUCAUGAGUAUUCUCUUUCAAAUUCCUCCAAUUUUCGUCCUUUUCUGCUGCCUCCAUUGUGCUCAUCUUCUCAAGAUGUAGAAGGGGACUCAGCAUUAAGGCGUAUCAGGUUGCUUCUUAAAGGAUAAAGUUCACCCCAGCUCAACUUUAAGCAAUAAAUGAAUCACUCAUUUAUCUGAAUUUAUUAAUCUACUAGGGACUGAGGCAGACGAUUUGUUUUGAGGGGUCAUUACAUCCCUUCUUCUUUUAAUCUUUUUUUUUUCUUUCAUUUAUAUCUUUUCAAUAAUACCCUGCGAAAAAAAUCAUUUAUUUUGACAGCCAAAAA